CCGGUGACCCAGAUAAGCCAAUCUGUUUAAGCAGAGAGGCCCAGGGCAGAGUGGCUUCCCAAACCUGAGCUGGGGGUUGGGGAGACACAGAACAGAGGGGCUGGGUAAAUGGAAGUUUCCCUUGAUUCUAAGAACCUGAAAGGGACCUGGCAACCGGCCUUCAGGAGAGUCUGGGGAAGUCUUAUGCAAGUCUUGACAGAAACAGUUGUCAGGAGGAGCAUGUCUGAGACCAACCCCUGGGGAAAUUGAGAGAGAUGAAAGGAGGCUGAGUGGGCUCAGACAAGGAAUUCUAAGGAGUAGCCUGGGCUGUAACAUCACCAGUGUUGGCUGGUACUGUAGUAGGACGGAUGGAGGUUAUACUACAGGAAGGACUUCCUGGAAGUGAGGAAUGCGUGUUUGAGAUGGAGGUGGAUUAUUUAUGAGAGUUGGAUUAGCCCUGGGUUGUCUGUGCUCUUUAACCUGCAGUCAGCUGAACUGGCUGAGUGGGCAGGAACCUACCAACUUUAUAGGUCAUGGAGUUCUUGGCGCCAGAUGCCUCGUUAACCCUGCAUUAUGAGGUUCCCCCAGAGCCUUUGGGGGCGAGUGAACAGCCACCACUGGAGCUUGGGUGCCUCAGAAGUGUGUUCCAUUUAGCAUGAGCUCAGAUGGGAAGUUUUCAGGACUUCCUACUGGCCUGAUGCCACCCUAAGAGUGAUGGAGAUUAGAAUACAGGAGAGACUUCCUCAGCAAAAUCAAGGCUAAGAGGCUAAUACAAUUGUUUAGUUUUUUAAAGAUUACGGCCCAGCUGAGAGGGAGUUUGAAGGGUAGAGCACUGCAGGGAAUUCCCAGUAGGUAAAAGUGGAAAGACCCCACCUUGUGGGUAGGUGAAAAGAGGAAUGUGAAAGAUGUUGUCAUGUCUCGUAUCUGGGGAAUCUUGAGCAAGAGGGGAAACCACUGCCAGGCUAGUUAGACUGGAUGUGACAUGGAGAGGUAAGGGACUCGCUGAAACAACCCAGAAGGGCAUUUUAAACCUUCUGGACGGACUGAGGCAAAAGGAGGCAGAAAGAGAGGUGUGUCUCCUGAGAGGCGGCUGAGCCUCUUUUUAUUCCCUCCCAAUUCACCAACUUCCGCCCGAGCCAGGAUCUGUCACAACUCGAGAGGUGGAAAUUCUGGUUUCCCUAGCCCAGAGCUCCCAGUGCUGGCUUUGGCACGAUGGGCACCUGGAGGGCCGUGCUCCCGUUCCAGCCAGGUUGAGCCUUCUGCCCCCUGCCUCUGGGGGCUGGGAACCGCCUCCUUCUUUCCCUUGGAUGGCACCCCUGCCCCAGAGACUGAACACCCGGAUUUCCCACUGUGGCUGGUUCAAGGAGCCGUCUGGUGACAGCCAUUGGCUGAGCAUGGCCCUCCCAGCCCUGGGCCUGGACCCCUGGAGCCUCCUGGGCCUUUUCCUCUUCCAACUUCUCCAGCUGCUGCUGCCAACAACGACCGCAGAGGGAGGUGGGCAGGAGCCCGUGCCCAGGGUCAAAUACUAUGCAGGAAUCAGCUGCCCACCCACCAACUCCUCACCGCUCUCUCUCACGCCUCCCACAGGGGAUGGAUGCAGGGCGCUUAGCUUCUUCCACCAGAAGGGCCUCCAGGAUUUUGACACUCUGCUCCUGAGUGGUGAUGGAAACACUCUCUAUGUGGGGGCUCGAGAGGCCAUUCUGGCCUUGAACAUCCAGGAUCCAGGGGUCCCAAGGCUGAAGAACAUGAUACCCUGGCCAGCCAGUGACCAAAAAAAGAAUGAAUGUGCCUUUAAGAAGAAGAGCAACGAGACACAGUGUUUCAACUUCAUUCGUGUCCUGGUCCCUUUCAAUGCCACCCAUCUCUACGCCUGCGGCACCUUCGCCUUCAGUCCUGCUUGUACCUUCAUUGAACUCCAAGAUUCCUACUUGUUGCCCAUCUCAGAGGACAAGGUCAUGGAGGGGAAAGGCCAAAGCCCCUUUGACCCUGCCCACAAGCACACAGCUGUCUUGGUGGAUGGGAUGCUCUAUUCUGGCACCAUGAACAACUUCCUGGGCAGCGAGCCCAUCCUGAUGCGCACGCUGGGAUCCCAGCCUGUCCUCAAGACCGACACCUUCCUCCGCUGGCUGCAUCCGGACGCCGCCUUCGUGGCCGCCAUCCCUUCGACGCAGGUCGUCUACUUCUUCUUCGCGGAGACCGCCAGCGAAUUUGACUUCUUCGAGAAGCUCCACACUUCGCGGGUGGCUCGAGUUUGCAAGAACGACGUGGGCGGCGAGAAGCUGCUGCAGAAGAAGUGGACCACCUUCCUGAAGGCCCAGCUGCUCUGCACGCAGCCGGGGCAGCUGCCCUUCAACGUCAUCCGCCACGCGGUCCUGCUGCCCGCCGAUUCGUCCGCAGUUCCCCACGUCUACGCAGUCUUCACCUCCCAGUGGCAGGUCGGAGGGACCAGAAGCUCUGCAGUUUGUGCCUUCUCUCUCACUGACAUUGAGCGUGUCUUCAAGGGGAAGUACAAGGAGUUGAACAAAGAAACUUCACGCUGGACUACUUACAGGGGCCCUGAGACCAACCCCCGGCCAGGCAGCUGCUCGGUGGGCCCCUCCUCUGAUAAGGCCUUGACCUUCAUGAAGGACCACUUCCUGAUGGAUGAACAGGUGGUGGGGACACCCCUGCUGGUGAAAUCUGGUGUGGAGUACACACAGCUUGCGGUGGAGACAGCCCAGGCCCUUGAUGGGCGCAGCCAUCUGGUCAUGUACCUGGGUACCACCACAGGGUCCCUUCACAAGGCUGUGGUGAGCGGGGACAGCAGUGCUCAUCUGGUGGAAGAGAUCCAGCUGUUCCCUGACCCUGAACCUGUCCGCAACCUGCUGCUGGCCCCCACCCAGGGCGCAGUGUUUGUAGGCUUCUCAGGAGGCGUCUGGAGGGUGCCCCGAGCCAACUGUAGUGUCUAUGAGAGCUGUGUGGACUGCGUCCUUGCCCGGGACCCCCACUGCGCCUGGGAUCCUCAGUCCCAAAUCUGUCGCCUCCUGUCUUCCCCCAACCUGAACUCCUGGAAGCAGGACAUGGAGCAAGGGAACCCAGGCUGGGCAUGUGCCAAUGGCCCCAUUGGCAGGAGCCUCCGGCCUCAGAGCCGCCCGCAAAUCAUUAAAGAAGUCCUGGCUGUCCCCAGCUCCAUCCUGGAGCUCCCCUGUCCCCACCAAUCAGCCCUGGCCUCUUACCACUGGAGUCGUGGCACAGCCCCAGCCCCAGAAGCCUCUUCCACGGUCUACAAUGGCUCCCUCUUGCUGAUACUGCAGGAUGGAGUUGGGGGUCUCUAUCAGUGCUGGGCCACUGAGAAUGGCUUCUCACACCCUGUGGUCUCCUACUGGGUGGACAGCCAGGACCGGAGCCUGGCCCUGGAUCCUGAACUGGCAGGCAUUCCCCGGGAGCAUGUGGAGGUCCCUCUGACCAGGGUCAGUGGUGGGACUGCUCUGGCUGCCCAGCGGUCCUAUUGGCCCCACUUUCUCACGGUCACUGUCCUCCUCGCCUUAGUGCUUUCAGGAGCCCUCAUCAUCCUCCUGGUCUCCCCGCUGGGGGCACUCCGGGCUCGGGGCAAGGUCCAGGGCUGUGGGACCCUGCCCCCUAGGGAGAAGGCCCCGUUGAGCAGGGAGCAGCACCUCCAGCCAGCCAAGGAACACAGGACCUCUGCCAGUGACGUGGACGCUGACAACAACUGCCUGGGUACUGAGGUGGUUUAAACCCUGGGCACAGACUGGGGCUGCAGGGUAGGGCUGGCACCCGGCCAUGCUGGCUGAGGGCCCCCGGAGCAGUGCAGCCCUGACCAGGGUGGGAGUAGCACAAAAGACCACCUUUCUUCCAUGAGAGGAGCUUCUCCUGCCACUCUGCACCACUGGUAGCACUCAGCAGGGGCACCACAGCAGCCCGCCUCCCUGUGGGACUCCCUUCUAGCAAGCACAUGGCUCUCUACAGGGGCUACCCCAGAACUGUACCUCCUCUGCCCUAGGAGGACCUGGGGAAAAUCCUUUAGUUCUGGCCAUUCCAGGGACCCUAUAUAAACAUACUGUUCCAGGAGACCCUAAAAAAACCUAACUGUUCCAGGACCCUAGACACCAAACAUCUAAACAACCGUAAGCUAACUUGCCACUCCUGGACACGCCAAUUGGAAGCCACCACCUUGGACACUCGCCUCUCCCAGGGAUUUCUAGGGUUCUUCAGGGAUCUGCUCCCUCCUGCUCCCCUUACCAGUCAUGCAUUGCAGACUCCCAGGAAGUCUUUCCUGAAGUCUGACCACCUUCCUUCUUGCUUCAGCUGGGGCAGAUUGGGAUCCUUUCUGCUCUGGCUAGAAUGGCAGGGGUAAUCUGAGCCUCAUUCAUUUGUUUCCCCUGGCUACCCCUUGACCUCUGUCCUCUCCCCUUCCCUUUGUUUUGAGAUUCAGAAAACUGCUUGUCACAGACGGUUUAUUUUUUAUUAAAAAGACAAAACUUA